GCAGGGAGUCAGCCUUGUAUAGUAGGGAGGAUUAUGGUGUGGCUGCAGUGUAUAGUAAGAAGGGGUAGGAGAGUGUGUGUAAGAGUUGUGGACAUUGUAGUGUAUAGUGAUGGUGAGGGGUAGGAGAGGCUACAGUGUUAAGUUGGGAAAAAGGAGAGGUUGCAGUGUAUAGAGGGGAGGAGUAUGUAGCUGCAGUGUAUAUCAGGGAGGGGUAAGUGACUGCAUGGUGUGUAUAUAGGAACUCUGUGUGCAGGGAAGCUAUUGAUCCCGGAGGGGAAGGCUCAGGGCUGGAUGAAGUUUAAUACAAGACAUGAAGAGAGGUGGGCUGAGUGUUGCUGCUGUCUGGACACAAGGGCACCGGUGGGCAUUACUGCUUGCCAUGCUGCUGUUCUAUGGAGCUGCUGUGGAUCAGGAGGACACCCUGGAGACUGGCUCUGGUCAGAUGCCAGAAGAGGUAGAUGUGCUGGAAUCUCUCAUCCACCACUCAGCAGAGCUCGUCAACCUCACUCUCACCUCUGAGGAUUCCUGUCUCGCCCUGGAUUUGGGACAGUACUCAACACUUAGUAUUUCUACCAGGACAGCAUUUGGUGAAAGUUUUGCAGAUGAACUCACUGUCUUGAUGAUGCUCCGAUCAUCUCUGAGAGAAGACACUGGUCUCCUUACCAUCCUCAGUCUUCAUGGCCUCAUACUGUUCCAGAUCCGAAUCACUCCAAAGGCUUUCAUCUUCAUUUCCAGCCGCAGAGGUCACUAUGAGUUCUCGGUGCCCAUCCUCACUGAUGGCAAAUGGCACCAGGUGGCACUGAGUAUCUCUGCUAAAGGUGUGACACUGUAUGUGGAUUGUAAACUGAUGGAGAUGCUUUCUUGGACCAACUAUUUUGGGCUGGGCAUUAGCACUGAUGGGAUAAUAAUGCUAGGUGGUCUCAUUGAACCCUAUGAGGUCCCCUUUAAGGGAUCUUUACAGCAACUUGUCUUUGUGAUGGGGGAGCCUGGGGCAGCCAAACUCUACUGCAGAAACUACAACCAAACAUGUCUGAGCACUUUCUCUGAGGAACAUUUCUUCAACUUGCCCCAGAUCGACCUCAGAAGGCUGGAGGCCAAAGUGACUGAGUUGGAUGUGGAAGGAAACUUAACUACAGAUCAUGGCAAAAACUCCACCCCUCGCUCAGCCAUACUUGAGAUUUCUCCAACAAAAACGAGUGGAAAAGUCUCCAGAGGACGUGACGUCAGAACUCAACACGGGGGCAGUCUGGAUUAUCACCAUCUCAUCAAUGUAGAUUUGUGGCUUCUGGAAGAAGAAGGCCUAAUUCCCUCUGUCAUUGGUGGAGAGCAGGAAAGCACCAAGGCAGCCAAGAAGGAGGAACAAUAUAAAAAACUUGACCCCGCUGAAGAAAACAUUACAAUAGAAAAACAAGAAAAGGUCUCAGAACAUGUCCCUACUGACAAAUCCGCUAGCGACAUCGUCAACUUGACCAAAGAUCCUGUGAACCACAAACCAAUCCUAUUAUCUACGCCUGUUCCCAGCAGUGCACCUGCAAACUCUACAGCCAUUCUCGAUUCCUCUUCAGAAGCAAAGAACAAGACAAGUACAGACAGGGAACCUAUUCCUUCCCAUGCCACCUAUCCAGAGAAGGGAGCUGGGAAUGUAAGUCAGGAGAGCAACAGCCUCCAGACAGGGAAACCCGAAAGACCUGCAGGUCGUGGGCCUCCAGGGCCCCGUGGUAGUCCCGGCUGUCCUGGUCGUCCUGGAUUUCCUGGACCAAAAGGAGACAAGGGUGAACCAGGAAUAAUGGGGCGUACAGGAAUGACUGGCAACCCUGGUCCAAAUGGGCCCCCAGGACUACCCACCAUAAUGAUCUGGAGCAACUCUAAAGAAGACUGGGCAGCAUUCUAUAAAAUGUCAUUCUAUCAGCUGCUGCAUGCAGGCUGGCCUAGGAUCCGCGGGUCCACUGGCCUUCCUGGAAUACAUGGAAUGCCAGGAAGUCCGGGCUCAAUGGGACCUUCUGGAAAACCUGGAAUCAAAGGACAGGAAGGUGCCAUGGGCGGCAUGGGACCAAAGGGCAUGCAAGGGAUGCCAGGGACACCAGGAAGGGACGGAUCUUUGGGAUUAGAUGGAAAGCCGGGAUCUCCAGGGACAACAGGAGCCAAAGGCCCGCAAGGAUUCAAAGGGUACCAAGGACCACUCGGUGAGAAAGGAGAAGAAGGAUUCCAAGGUUCUCCAGGGCCAGGUGGUGAAAAAGGAGUCAAAGGAGCCAAGGGGAUGAAGGGAGAGUCGGGUCCCAUGGGUCCUUCAGGGGUUCAGGGACCAAUGGGUGCUAAAGGUGCUUUUGGAUUUCAAGGCCCUCCAGGACCAAUAGGAGAUAUGGGAAUUCCUGGACCUCCUGGUCCCCCAGGGCCUGAGGGUGAACAAGGCCAGCCAGGACCCCCAGGAACCCAGGGUGUGAAUGGGUCUCAGGGUGAUCUUGGUCCUCCGGGAGUUAUUGGGCAUCAUGGACCACAGGGUCCUCCUGGAAUAGAAGGUAUAAGAGGACCUCCAGGGCCCAGAGGACCUCCAGGGCCCAGAGGACCACAGGGAUUGAUGGGAGCUGAGGGACUCCAAGGUUCAGAAGGAAGCAGAGGUGAACCAGGCCCAAUGGGAGUAAGAGGAGAACGGGGGCCUGAAGGACCCAUGGGAUUGAUUGGAUGGCCAGGACCAGAAGGACUUCCUGGUGAUAAGGGUCGCCCUGCUGCAGAUGGACAAAAAGGAGAUCCUGGACCAAAGGGGGAAAAAGGUAGUCCAGGAUCUCCUGGUGUAAAAGGUCCUUCUGGGGAGCAAGGUCAAUUUGGUUUUGUGGGCUUUUCUGGACCUAAAGGCCAAAUAGGACCCACUGGAGCUCCAGGGGAUGAUGGACAGGUUGGAGCCUCAGGUUUCAAUGGCAGUGAUGGACCAAAGGGAAACCGGGGACCUGAUGGGCCAAAAGGGGUAACAGGACCAAGAGGAAAACGGGGUCGUAUGGGGCAGAGAGGACUUGUAGGAAUGCCAGGACCACUGGGUCAGAGUGGAGCCGGGGGCCUGGAGGGAGCUGAAGGACUUCCUGGUACACAGGGACCCAAUGGAGCACCAGGGAAUCCUGGGAGUAGGGGGCUUAUGGGCCCUGAAGGGUCUCAAGGGGACGUUGGGAGAGAAGGACCUUCAGGCCAAAUGGGCCCUCCUGGUAGAGCAGGGAUUGAUGGAGAACCGGGAUGUCCUGGAGAAAGGGGAUUUACGGGAAAACCAGGCCCAGAAGGGCCACAGGGGCCAGUAGGCAUGUAUGGGUUUCCUGGCCCUGCAGGAGAAAGAGGUCGGACAGGAUACGCCGGGGAGAAGGGGGGAUUGGGACCGCCCGCUAUCCAAGGGCCACCAGGAAAAGUAGGACCAAAGGGUCCUCCUGGGUCACCUGGCGAAAGAGGUCCACCGGGACCCCAGGGUCGGCUGGGAGAUCCAGGCAUCCAAGGUUUGCCCGGACUUCAGGGCCCACCUGGUAACCCUGGGCCAGAUGGGGAACCUGGAAAGGAUGCACCUCCUGGUGAACCUGGGCCUGCUGGAAAUAUGGGAGACCCAGGACCAGCAGGAUACCAGGGUCGGGAGGGAGCAGCAGGUGCUGAAGGACCCCCAGGAGAAAAAGGUGAAAAGGGAGUGAUUGGGCCUGUCGGAGACCAGGGGGUGAGCGGUUUGGAUGGGGAGCAGGGAGAGCCUGGUUCUACUGGAAAUGAAGGGUCAGCUGGCCUUAAAGGAGAUCAGGGUGAUUCUGGUCCUCCAGGGAAUCCUGGUCAAAACGGACCUGUAGGAGACCAAGGGGACAAAGGACUGCAGGGCUUGGUGGGAUCCCCAGGGGAGCCAGGGAAGGAGGGAGAUGUGGGGGAAAUAGGAGAUGUUGGAGACCCCGGGUUUCAAGGAGAAAAGGUGAGUGUAUGCUCUGUUUAUGGAAGGGUUGGCAACUCUGGCUGUAGUGUAAUCACCUCCUUUUUGCACCAGGGAGACAAAGGGCCACUUGGUGCUACCGGAAACCCAGGACCAAGUGGUAUUAUAGGAGAACGAGGUAGUCGUGGUGAAAAGGGGGACAAAGGCCUGAGUGGACCUCUGGGACCAACAGGAUUGAUUGGAUCUACAGGACCUUCUGGUUUACAGGGACAAAUGGGAAAUGUUGGCAAACAAGGAGUCCCAGGUCAUGAUGGGCCCCAAGGUUUGAAGGGGGAAACUGGUACCACUGGGGAGACUGGUCAACUGGGCCCCCCUGGGCAAAUGGGUCUACCUGGAAAGAAAGGGGAGAAGGGAGAGGAAGGACAGACUGGGUGGCCAGGAACAGAGGGCUUACGAGGCAUUAAAGGAAACCAAGGGCCACAAGGUCUUAUUGGCCAAGAAGGACUCACAGGGGAAGAUGGGAGCCCUGGGGAGCCAGGAGUCAUGGGAAUUACUGGUCCUCCCGGGGAGUCUGGAUUAAUAGGGGCACCAGGAAUAGAAGGGCCACAAGGAGAAAAGGGGCAACUGGGAGAACAAGGGGUGCCUGGGAAAAUGGGGCCCCCUGGAAAUCCAGGACAAGAAGGAAAAAAUGGGCAGAAGGGAAAAAAGGGUGACAGUGGCAUUGAUGGCCGUCCUGGCAGAUCAGGGAAUACUGGGAGAAAGGGCAGAAGAGGGAAAGCAGGUCCAAGGCCACCAAGAGGACCUGCAGGUCACAAGGGUUUGCAAGGAGAUAAGGGUUCGGAAGGACCUGAAGGACCCAGAGGACCAUAUGGCAUUCCUGGACUUAGAGGAAUGAAGGGUGAUCCAGGCCAAAUAGGUAUAAAGGGUGAGCUAGGCUUGGAUGGACCAAUAGGACCACAAGGAGAAGACGGGCAGAAGGGUCAACAAGGACCCAAUGGGGAGCAUGGACUUCUAGGGAGCAAAGGGGAGCAGGGAAUUGAAGGGCUAUCUGGCCCUCAAGGUUUACCUGGACCCCAAGGUGCACCAGGACCACCAGGGUUAGAGGGACUUAAAGGAUUCUCUGGACCAGAAGGACCUAGAGGGCCACCUGGACCAUUGGGGCCUCCUGGUGCGCCUGGCCUCCCAGGACCUUCUCUAAACAUAAAAGCCCAAAGUUUAAAGCGGACCUUUUCUCAUGCCGGUGCCUUAAGUGUAGAAGGACCUUGGGAUCUUAUGCAUCGUUUGGAAGAGGACUUGAAACACUUGCGCUCUCCACCAAAUGGUUCCAAAGAAAAUCCAGCUACCACCUGUAAGGAACUUCAGCUAGUACAACCUCAUCUGUCUGAUGGUCAUUACUAUGUAGAUCCCAAUCAGGGGAGUCCACAGGAUUCUUUUCUGGUGUUCUGCAACUUCACUGCAGGGGGCGAGACAUGUCUGAUACCUCAGGAGAGCCAAAUCCCAGUCAGACCUUGGCUUCAGGACUAUCAGACUUCAGAGGGUUUCCAGUGGUACAGCACUCUCCCUGGGGGCUUCACAUUUGGGUACAGUGAAACAGGAGUUGUCCAGCUGCGUUUCUUAAGGUUACAAAGCAGCUCUGUCCAUCAGGGGGUGAGGUACAUGUGCCAAGCUCAGCCUGGUUCCACUGCAAAAGACAAGAACGUGAAGUUUCUGACCGAUACCAGGGAUCAGAGCUUUCUGGUGACUCUGCAGGGCUGUGAGUGGGAAGAGACGUCAAACAGAACGGGAACUUUCCUCCACUUUGCCCCUUCCGACCUUAGCCUCCUUCCCCUCAGAGACUUAGCUGUGUUAAAAGACGGGGACUUUGGACACCAGUUUGGGUUUUUUGUGGGUCCUACGUGCUACAGCUGAAAUCAUGGCCCCUCCUCUUGUGAAUUUCUUUGUGGACAUGCACCCAGGUGAAGGGUGGAAGACCUGCAUUAUUUAUAUCGGAAAUGAUUACAUGGGUCCCCCUCUCAUCUUGCAGUUUAUUUUUAAAACCUUCUCUCUCAGGAAGGGAGAUGACAGUUUGUUUACAGUGAAGCAUUUGGUGCUCCUACUCUAAAGUUUGAAGGCUUCAUCUGUAUCUCCUGGUGAGAACCAUACACAGACACCUCAUGGCUUCCUUUCAGAAGAACAUUUCAUGGCGUAAUGUUUUUUCAGGGAACCUGACUUUAUUUUGCAAUGCACUUCUUAUUCCGCUUGUGUAGCGCUUGGGGAGAGAGCAGUGAUAAAAUGGUGCUCACGAUCUUCGGUUGGCCAUGGAAGGGUUACCCAAUGGCCGACUAUACCAUGUCAACAUUUGACAAUAAGAACUGGUGACGCUUUAUGGAAUUCAGUCGCUAAGAGGACUCUUUUUGUGAUUUGUGGCAACAAACGCAAGAUUUUACUCAUGGGACACAGGGAGUUCCACGACAGCCAGAAGGACACAAGCGAGAUAUCUGGUUAAUUUGAUGAAUGUGGUACAUUUGUCAAUCAUUGUAUUUAUGGCGACGGUUUUCCUAACUGAGGGUCUGUCCCAGCGGGUGGCGCAGUAACAAGUAGAUGGAAAAUAAAGACCGCUUGGCUCUUCUAGAUACCCCUGAAAGCCCCGGUAGAAGGUUAAUUAGGGUGCAGAUUAUGGAUGGCUGUCUUGUAUCUGUAACCUUGUUAAGGUGGCUCUCAGCUGUCCCCAAGUAUGUCCCCAUAACGAAUUCCUGGCAAUAUCAGCUUUUGCACUUACCUGAAAUGUAACAGUAACAUUAACUUUCCCUGAUUGAGGAUUCAUGGUCUCUACAGAAAAUCACUGCAAAAUAUCAUUCCAACUUGCGGUGCAGCAGUAAAGAGUGACUGAUGUUUAUCAGAGCACAAACCACACAACUGGGGGCACCUGGGAAACUGACAAUAUGUCAGAUUUCAAAAAAUUGCUCUUUUGAAAAAUGGAUUUCAGUGCAGGUCUGCUGGAGCAGCACUAUUAACUGAUGGGUUUUGAAAGAAAAACAUGUUUUACAGUGACACUAUCCCUUUAAGUGUAAAAGACCAGCUAUCCCACAGCUCACUGGGUCUCUCUUACAUUGUCCAAUGCUCUUAUCCAUGGUUAAUAAAUAUGAUGGCCCACGUUGUCAUUGUACCACAAUCCUGCGUUUUGCCUUUAAAUCCACAAGCGCCAAGAUUUCAUUUGUUGUUUUUUUUGUUUUUCUACAGGAUUUUUUCCCUAUGAUUUGCUAUAUAUUGUGCUGUGCAUUUAUUCUAUGAAGUGAAUAAAACUCAAUUUGUGAUAGAAA